AUGAAGGAUUUGAGAAGGGUCCAGUUUCCUUGCAGUUUAACGCUUGCUGAUUCAGAAGAACCUCCAAUGCUCUGCGUAUUUUCCGAUGCAUCCCAGCAUGCCUUUGGAGCUUGCGUCUACAGCCGACAGAAAAUAAGUGAGGAGAAGUAUCAAGUCAGACUUAUCACCGCAAAAUCACGAGUAGCACCUUUAAAGCAGCUAAGCAUACCCCGCCUAGAGUUACAAGCAGCCGUUUUAGCGUCUCGAGGAAUACCCGUACACGACCUAAGCGGGCGAUGGAGCCACGGACCAGAGUUUUUACAAAAGCCAGAGGAGCUCUGGCCGCAAGAAGCAGAUAAGCCAGUUGGGGAGGAAGACUUGGAGCGUCGACAAGUAAAGAUAGUUUGCGAAGUAAAGAACAUAGAUGAAGCCAUAAACCCGAAGACUUUCUCGAGUUGGAGAAAUCUUGUUAGAGUAACAGCUCGCAUUCAAAGGCUAGCUAACAAGAUACGGGCAAGAGGGCAGAACCAAGAAGGAAGAGAAGGCCCGCUUUCACCCGAGGAAUCGCAAGGCGCUGAAAUCUUCUGGAUCAAGAAAUCCCAGAAGUCCUUGCAUAGUCGAGUCAAGAAAGGAGAGUUUAGGGCACUGAGCCCAUUCGUUGACGGACACCGCGUGAUCAGAGUGGGAGGGAGAUUAGACAAAGCCGUUGUAUUCUAUGAGACCAGACACCCCGCACUUCUGCCGAGUGAUCAUUGGAUCUCUGUGUUAACAACGAGGCACGCCCAUCAACACGGGCAUAGCGGAGUAGCUGCUACAACUGCAAAUAUUAGAGUGAAGUAUUGGAUCCUAAAGGCAAUGGAGUUAAGCAAGUCAGUCAAAUUCAAAUAUGGAUUCUGUAAAGAAAUGGCACAUAAGACGGAAACACAAUUGAUGGCAGAUUUACCAGCACUUCGCCUAGCGCCCUACACCCCACCAUUUUACCACACGGCAUGUGACGAUUUCGGGCCUUACAGCGUCAAGAUCGGCCGAAACAAGACAACUAAGCAUUACGGUGCCAUAUUUACAUGUUUGAACACUAGGGCAGUUCAUUUAGAGAUGGCCGUUGACUGUUCUACAAUGGAGUUUCUGCAAGUUCUCAGCAGGUUUCUUGCGAUACGAGGUCAACCGGCGGUACUGAUCAGUGAUAACGGUGCACAGUUUGUGGGCGCUGAGAGAGAGCUGAGUGAAAUGGUACGAGGAUUCAGUCGAGAAGAGAUUCAAGAGUUUUGCGCGGAGAAAAGCGUACACUGGAAAUUCACGACACCUGCUGCCCCGCAUGAAAAUGGCUGCGCAGAGUCGCUCGUUAAGACGUGCAAGAACGCUUUAAAGAGGGCCAUUGGCAGCCAAGUGCUAGCUCCAUUCGAGUUGUACACGGUGUUUCUAGAGGUGGCCAACCUCGUUAACCAACGACCAAUCGGAAGGAUUCGAAACGCCACUGAUGUUUCCUAA